CCUUCCAGCAGACAGAGGAGAGCUGAGCUCCCAGAAGCUGAGGUUUGGAGACAGACCACAAUGUACAAGCUCAUUAGCAGCACGCUUCUGGUGGUGUUCCAUGUUGGUUUUACAGCUGGAAACUCUCUGAAAUAUACUCAUUAUGACCCUUAUACGCUUCUUGAGUUGCAAUGUGACCAGUGUCCACCAGGCACGUUUGUGAAGUAUGACUGCACAGCUGAGAAGAGGACAGAGUGUGCGCCCUGCCCGUACAAUCAUUUUACCAGUGAAUGGCACUCCCACAAGGACUGUCAGUACUGCAGCGCUGUCUGUAAGGAGCUGCAGCUGGCCAAACAGGAAUGUAAUGGCACCAGCAACCGGAUAUGUGAGUGCAUGGAUGGCUUUCUUCUCGAUGUAGAGUUCUGCUCACCUCACAAGGAGUGCCCACCUGGUUAUGGCGUUCUACAACAAGGGACACCUAAUAGUGACACGAUUUGUGGUGAAUGUCCGAGGGGGAUGUUUUCGAAUGUAACUUCAUCCACAGCUCCAUGCCAGAGGCAAACUGACUGCAAAAAGCUGGGACGCAAAAUGCUGCACAAAGGGAGUUCUACACAUGACACAGUGUGCAAAGAGAAAUCCCCCUUAUUAUGUGAAAUAGAUGUUACACUUUGUGAAGAAGCCUUGUUGCGAUACCCAGUACCCCCAGAGAAUUGGAUAAUGACUCUUAUUCAGAUACUUUCUAGCACAGCUGUGACAUCACAGCAAAUAAAUAAAAUACAGGAAACCCAUAAUGCAUUGGAACAGCCAUUCUACUUGUUUAAAUUGUACAAGAGUCAAAGCAAAGCUGAUGACUCCAUCACCCCUCUCAUCAAAGAUUUAAAGGAGUGUGAAAAGGGAGUGUUUAAUCUCCUGGGAUCCCUAAAUCUAACACGCAAAAACGUUAUGACCUUAAUGCGGAGUCUACCUGGAAAGCGCGUAAGGCAAGAAGAUAUUGAAAAAACCCUAAAAACGUGUGAGCGACCCAAACACCUGAUGAAACUUCUUAGUCUAUGGCGGAAUAAAAACAAAGGAAACACAAUUGAGGGACUUAGACAGCUAAAAAUGGCCCAACUCCCAAAAAUGAUACGCAAGAGGAUGAAGAAACUGGAACAAUUUCUAACAGGAGAUUCCAUGUACAGUCUGUAUCAGAAAAUUAUUCUGGAGAUUAAUGGUAACCGAACACAGCCCGUAAAGCUGGAAACACUGUUAUGACUGGUACAGAAGUGACCUUGAGUCUACUGACCGUUUCAUCACAUCUUCUAGUCACCCCCCCUCCCCGCCACCACUUCAAACUGGAGUCCAAAUCUGGUACCUGCUGUAUAAGCUUUAUUUAUGGAAGUAUUUUUUCUUAUAUAUGUUUUUGUAAGGAAUUAUUUAUGUUCCCUUUGGAUAGAUUAAAGAUUUAGAAGGAGACCAGAGGUUAACCAGGUGUUGUUCCCCUAACGUCUGGUCUACAAGUGUCUGUAUGUGUAUGUCUUUAUUUUGUGGUUACCCCUGUAAAUGCUAGAAUUCUUCUAUUUAUACUAAUUUAAUUAUAAAUUAUUUGGGUUCAAGAUGUUUUUUUUUCCAAGAGAUGUAUCUUUUUAUUUUUAUUUUAAUCGUAAUUGUAGCCUAAGGCUCUGUUCACAUUUGGGACAUAAAGUAUUUUCCAUCUCCAUCAUAAAUGGAAACCAUGAUGUGGUGCCAGAUCCAUCACAUAAUGGACACUGGCAGCACACAAUACACCUCGUUGACCCUUUUCCAUAGUAGUCUCUCAUUUUAACAGGAAUAAUAGCGCUAUUCUUCACAUCAAAAACAAUGAAGCCUCC